CGGAAGUAUUAUUCUCUUGUGGUUCGGGUGAAAAGUCACACAGCUAUGAGUGCAAUGGCAACGAGCACCCUACGGGCGAUUUUCAAAGCUUUGGGCGAUGGCCCCGGAUACGAUCGAGUUUUGAGUAAGCUGAACCUGGUGUCUGCUGCUCCAGGGAAAAUUGUCUGUGAACUCCAAGUUGAAGAAGAGCAUACAAACAAAGGAGGCACUUUACAUGGGGGAUUGACUGCUACUCUAGUCGAUACAGUUUCCACAGUUGCACUUCUGCACACAGAGAGAGGUGCUCCUGGAGUCAGUGUUGAUAUGAACAUUACGUACAUGAAUGCGGCAAAGAUUGGGGACUCUGUACUAAUCACAGCUCAAGUUUUGAAACAAGGAAGAACACUAGCUUUUGCAACUGUAGAUUUGACUAAUAAAGAUUCAGGAAAACUCAUCGCACAAGGACGACACACAAAGCAUCUUGGGAACUGAUGCAGUUGUCUUAUCAGGACAAAUUAACCUGCCUCAAAGUGUAAUAAAUGCAGUAGUAGUGAUGGAGGUCUCCGGCAAGAACAUUUGUGUUACUAAGCUAUUAUUUUGCUGCACUAAGCAGGAACAUAUAUAAAAGUUAAAUCCUCCGAAAUGGUUGUGUGUUUUCUGUAAUAAGCAACAUAUGAUAAAGCUUUGAUAUAUAUGCACUUAUACAAGUGUCUUGAAAGCUGUGAAAAUUCAGUCUGGCAAAUUGUUGUGAUUAUUUUUACUCUUCAAUAAAUAUGCCCCCUAGUGGUGCUUUGACUGCCA